UUUUUUUAUUUAUUAUUUACGUCUCUUUGCCCUUUUCUUUUCUUCCGCUACAAGUCCAAUCUUAUAAAACCCUAGAAAAAUCAUUUCCUCCGUCUCUCCAAGAUUCACAUUGUAAAUCCCUUACAUCCCUUAAAAUGUAUCGCGCUGUUGCAAAUCUUGCUUCCAAGGCUAGGAUCGCUAGAAAUGCUUCCCAGCAAAUCGGUAGUAGAGCGAGUUGGACCAGAAAUUAUUCAGCAAAAGAUAUUAAAUUCGGUGUCGAAGCAAGGGCUAUGAUGCUUAAGGGUGUGGAAGACCUUGCUGAUGCUGUUAAAGUGACUAUGGGACCUAAGGGGCGUAACGUUGUAAUUGAACAAAGCUUUGGUGCACCCAAAGUGACUAAAGAUGGUGUCACUGUUGCUAAAAGCAUUGAGUUUAAGGACAGAGUUAAGAACAUUGGUGCCAGCCUUGUAAAGCAAGUAGCAAAUGCCACCAACGAUGUAGCUGGUGAUGGUACGACUUGUGCCACAGUCCUUACACGUGCAAUUUUUGCCGAGGGAUGCAAAUCUGUUGCAGCUGGUAUGAAUGCAAUGGACCUAAGGAGAGGAAUAUCAAUGGCAGUAGACUCGGUGGUGACAAAUUUGAAGAGCAGAACAAGAAUGAUCAGCACAUCCGAAGAAAUAGCUCAGGUUGGUACUAUAUCAGCAAAUGGCGAUAGAGACAUUGGUGAAAUGAUUGCCAAGGCUAUGGAAAAAGUUGGCAAAGAGGGCGUUAUCACUAUAACUGAUGGGAAGACCUUAAACAAUGAAAUUGAAGUUGUUGAAGGAAUGAAGCUGGAUAGGGGAUAUAUAUCUCCAUAUUUCAUUACAAAUCAGAAGAAUCAGAAAUGUGAAUUAGAAGAUCCACUCAUCCUAAUCCAUGAGAAGAAAAUCUCUAGCCUUUGUUUGUUCUUCCAGACGUGUGCUUUUUCUAACAUAUAUUUAUGUACAUAUCAGGAAUUAGAAGAUCCACUCAUCCUAAUCCAUGAGAAGAAAAUCUCUAGCAUAAAUUCUGUGGUGAAAGUCUUAGAACUGGCCCUAAAGAGGCAAAGACCUUUGUUGAUUGUCGCUGAAGAUAUAGAAAGUGAUGCACUUGCAACUCUCAUAUUGAAUAAGCUUAGGGCUGGAAUCAAGAUCUGUGCUAUUAAGGCUCCAGGUUUUGGAGAAAACAGGAAAUCUAGUAUGCAAGAUCUUGCAGUCUUGACUGGGGGUCAACUCAUAACUGAAGAACUAGGCAUGAAUCUUGAGAAGGUUGAGUUGGAGAUGCUUGGCACGUGCAAGAAGGUGACAAUAUCUAAGGAUGAUACUGUAGUUCUUGACGGGGCUGGUGACAAGAAAUCCAUCGAGGAACGAUGUGAACAGCUAAGAGCUGGAGUUGAAAUGAGCACAUCUGAUUAUGAUAAAGAUAAGUUGCAAGAGAGGCUAGCUAAGCUUUCUGGUGGUGUUGCUGUUUUAAAGAUCGGAGGAGCUAGUGAAGCUGAAGUUGGUGAGAAAAAAGACAGAGUAACUGACGCUCUAAAUGCCACCAAAGCAGCUGUUGAGGAGGGCAUUGUUCCUGGAGGUGGUAUUGCACUGUUAUAUGCAUCAAGGGAGCUGGACAAAUUGGAAACCGCCAACUUCGACCAGAAAAUUGGUGUUCAGAUCAUACAGAAUGCGUUAAAGGCCCCUGUGCAAACAAUUGCAUCAAAUGCCGGAGUUGAGGGUGCUGUAGUUGUUGGCAAGCUACUGGAGCAGGAAAACACUGACCUUGGAUAUGAUGCAGCUAAGGGUGAAUAUGUUGACAUGAUCAAGGCUGGGAUUAUUGAUCCACUAAAAGUAAUUAGAACUGCUUUGACAGAUGCUGCCAGUGUAUCAUCGUUGAUGACAACCACGGAGGCUAUUGUUGUUGAGCUUCCCAAGGAUGACAAAGAAAUGCCAGCAAUGGGUGGCGGCAUAGGUGGCAUGGAUUACUGAGGAGAAAAUUAUUAUUAUCUGAUUCCCUUCUUGAUGCAUAUGUUUUUUUUUUUUUUUUUUUUUUUUUUACGAAAGUUGCAUAAUGAUGGAAGAACUCUAGGUAGCAAAGUAGAACGAAGUUUGGUGUUGAUUGAACCUUUGGUUUGGAUUGUUCCCUUGGCUCUGCUAGGACGUUUUAAGAUUGAGAAUAUCUUUUCCAACAUCAAACUAGAAGGCUCGUGUAAACCACAUUGAUAGAGAGAGAGAAAUAAUGCUAAAUUGGGGGUUUUAUUUUGUGAACCCUAACUUCAUAACUUUUUAGAAGCAAUAUUGAUUCA